CAAUUUCAGUCUUAGAUUGACAUUCGAACGCGCUGGUCAGGUUCGGGUUUUGCACAUCAGUCCUCCGCACACAGUCAGUUUGAGUUUGAUUUCUGAGUCUGAAUACUCUUUUUUGGUUAUACCAAGAGUGGGACCUGGGGACGAAGUUCUUCUUCCUCAAAGUUUCUGUUUUAAAACUGAAAAAAGUUGAAGAGGCACACAUAGGCCGCAAAAGUGUGUUCAAUACUUUGUGGUGGUUUAUUUGGUUCAUUUGAAUCGUUUACGUUUUUUUUUACCUUCCUUCGGUUUUGGAGGGUUUUUGGAGUGUUUGUUCGUUUGUUCUCGUGUGUCUGAGGGUUAAGGGGGUUUCCAACCGACAUCAACGAUAUAAAUUAAACGGGGGAACGGGUAAAUUUAUUCUCAAGUGCGAACAAAGUGUUGCGGUUUUUAGUGUGAUGGUUUGAUGAAAUUUAAUUUUCAAUUUUUUAACUGGCGCCCAACUGAAAAACGGAUGUCCGUAUUUAAAUAAAAUACAAAAAUAUUUUCAAAGGUAUUUUUGAAAAUUUGUUUGGCGGUAAAAAUUUAAUUAAAAACCGUUUUGUCUGAAGUGCUGGCGUGCUGUGUGCGUUCGGUUCGUGUUGUGUGCGUUGUCUGCGUGCGGUUUUAUGAUUUCAAGAGUCAAGUCGCAGAACGAGCAAGAUGCAAUGAUUAAACCCAAUUUGUGUGUUUUUUGUAUAAAUUUGAUUGUAAUGAGAUAAUAAGUGCCACUAAUAGUCACUCAAAGCGAUCGCUCUUGAAUCUGGAUUAACUGGAGUUCGCUAUUAUAAUAGAGGAGGUGUAUCCUCUGUACCGUGUGCGCUGUGUACGUGAGUAGGCGCAUCACUCACGGCUUGGACAUCUUUGUCCACCACCUCUUUGUGUCUAUUAAAAUCCUCUUCGUCUCGUCAGCGUGUCGUCGUAGAGCACUACAACACCAUCGCGGAACGUUUUAAAUCAUUUAAAGUCGUUGGAUAGAUGGACGUCGUCGUCGUCUUCGUCAUCGUCAUCGCCAUCUCCAUCGCCUUCGUCCACACAUAGGAAUCCACAAAAAAAAAAAACCUCCAACAGAGAGCAGAUAAACUGUAUUGCAGUUGUUGCAACAAAACGGAUCAUCGGGCAGAGGCUAAGAGCCUAUGAGGAGCACACAGUGUCGCUGUGUCGUCGUCAUUCUGAAGCAACAACAACAAAUUUAACCCCAAUUAAGAUUCUAGAACAAAAUCGUUAAUCAACACUCUCGCCUAGGUGCCAUCAUCAUCAUCGUCUACAUACAUUGCCAAACUACCCUAGAUAUUUUAUAUAUAGAUAUACCACUCAUCCUGUCAGAAUUAAGGAGGGUUAGAUAUUUAGAAUCAUCAAGCGUUUGCUCAUAAGAAGGAAUAGCAUCAUCAUCAUCAUCGGCAAAGAGAAGUAAAGGAAAAGACGGAAGAAAAAAACAGAAGAAGAAAACGAAAAAAAAAUAUAUAAAAACUAAUAGGCAAACAUGUUAACACUCAGUGAACUGUUUGUGGAAGCAAUCCAGCUCGUCCAAGAUGGAAUGGAGUGACGACACGAUAUUAUGAGCUGAACAAACUGUUCUGUGUGGUUGUUUGAACGUUGUUUCUGGGAUCUCUCUCUGGAGGCAGCAAAGUCAGCAAAAAUAUACUUAUUUUUUUUUCAACUCGUAUACACUUAUAGACGUCUGUGAUUCACGCAAAUAAGCAAAGCACACAUAUUCAUAGAUGUAUGUGCUAUCAUAUGGAUAUAGAAGAGUCAUCACAUAUAAAACUUAAGGAGCAAAAUAAAUGUAGGAUACACAUGGAGGAAUAAUAAAAUAAAAGUAAAAAGAAAUACCAACACACACACAGACAUAGAGGUACUCCCGUUUGCUACUAGCUGUGUGAUGAAAGAAAUAAUAAUAAAAAAGAGUUUGUAAAGAAAAAAAAUUAACACAAGGACGAACACAAAAUAAAGAAAGCAAAACGAAACAAACAAAAAAACAGAAAGUUUGGUGCAAGUUAUAGAAGCGGAAGAGAACUGCUGCCUUUAACUGCUGCAACAUGGAUUGCCUCUGCAGACCGUCAAGGAUAAUGCCCGUUAGGAUAGUGCUUCUAGAUGAUACGGAUUUUAUUUAUGAAUUGAAGGACGAUCUGCCAGGACAAGCUCUUUUAGAUGUUGUUUAUGCCAGACUUAAUUUAAUCGAAACAACUUAUUUCGGUAUUCGAUAUAUCGAUGAAGAAAACCAAACGCAUUGGUUAGAUCCAGCAUCAAGAAUUUCACGGCAAUUGAAACCAAAGUCGGAUCCUUUUGAUUUGUAUUUUGGGGUGAAAUUUUAUGCAGCCGAUCCUUGUAAAUUACUGGAAGAAAUAACCAGGUACCAGAUAUUCCUGCAAGUGAAACAGGAUGUCCUUCAGGGCAGGUUGCCAGUAUCGUUUGAGUUGGCUGCCGAGCUUGGAGCAUUUGUUGUCCAAUCUGAAUUGGGCGAUUAUGAUCCACGCCGCCAUUCCAAAGGAUAUGUCUCCGAAUUCCGGUUGCUGCCAAAUCAAACCGGCGAACUGGAAACACGUGUUAGCGAAUUACAUCAACAAUUAAAGGGCAUGUCACCGGCAACGGCUGAAAUCAACUACCUCGACAAAGUAAAAUGGCACGACAUGUAUGGGGUUGAUUUACAUCCGGUUCUGGGAGAAGACAGCGUUGAGUACUUUCUUGGACUUACACCGAGUGGCAUAGUCGUCCUUAGGAACAAGACAACAGUGGCUCAUUACUAUUGGCCUCGAAUAGCGAAAGUUUACUACAAAGGACGAUAUUUUAUGCUGAGGAUCUGCGAUAAAAAUAAUGAAUUAAGCACGUACGGCUUCGAGACACCAAGGAAGUCAGCAUGCAAACACCUUUGGCGGUGUUGCGUUGAGCAUCAUGCAUUCUUCCGCUUGGUGAGGGUUGCACCAAUUCAGUCAUCAUCGCAAUCAUCGGAGCUGUUCACACUUGGAUCACGUUUCCGCUACAGUGGACGAACGGAAAAACAAGCUGCCAAGGAUGCACUGUCCAUUGGCAGAGCACCACCCCCAUUCACACGAAUGCCAUCGAAGCGGCAACCAAGGCGUGUGAUGGAUGACUUUCUGAGUGGAAUCGGUGGUGGCGCUGGCGGGAUAGGUGGUAGUUGCGGAAACGGGAUUGGCGGCGGCGGUGGCGGUAGCGGUAAAAAUGGUGAAAGUUACGUUGGAAAAACUCAGGAAAUUAAAAGCAUUUCCAUACUGCAACCCGUGCAGACCUACGAAAGUCCAUAUCGAUCAACCUACAGCAUACCAACUAGCCUUGGCAUCCGUCCUUAUAGUAACAAUAAUAACAAUAAUAAUAAUCACAAUAAUCCAACAAUAACACCUGACUCGCCACGAAGUACACGCAGUGCCCCAUGGCCCAGGUCGCAGCAACGUAAUCUAUUUGGCAAUUCAUCAAGUCCACGAUCGGUGCGUUCAGCUUCGACGACGCGUCAUAGUACGCACGUUCCUACACACAACAGCAGCAGCCAUCACAGCCAUAGCCAUCACAGAUAUCGAUCUAGCUCUGUAGAGAGUCAUUCUUCAAAUGAUUCACAUUCCACAAGAAGGCACAAGCACCGACACCGCCGCACUUCAGAUAAUGAGAGUGAAUUAUCGCGUGGAUCUGGCAAAUCGGGCAGAUCUCAUCACUCGCACCGCAAACAUCGCAGAUCGCGGCACCGUCGCAAUUCUGGCGGAUCGGAGAAUGACAGCAGCCGAGGACGAAGCUACUCGGGUCAUCGGUUGUCGGCGAGCGGCUCAGCUGGCGAACUAAUCGAUUCGACGAGUCAAUGGCGAGAGGUGCAACGGCGACAGGCCGAUGGCUUGGGUCAGAGUUCUGUCCAGCAGGCUUCAGUAUCAAAAAGCAGUAUGGUGGCUAGAAGUUUGCACAGUAAUGAUAGUCAUUCGGAUACGCAUUCGCAUCAUAAGUCGCGUCGUCACAAAAAGAACAAAUCGCCAUCGGACUCUAGAAAUCGCAUUUGGUCAAGCGAACUUGCCAAGCAUUUGCAAUUUGACCUGGUCGACACUGCCGGCAUGACUGAGGACCAGCUUCGAGAAAUCCCCUACACGGUAGUUGAGACGAACCAUUCAAAGCGUACGGGGUCGGGCAACUUGAAGAUUCACAAGAGCAAUAGCAGUGGCAACACUACGAGCAAUGGAGGCCAGAGCAAUAGGAAUCGAGUGGACCGGAUAAGAGGUUUGUAUUUCCAAAGUUCGAAUCCGAACGAUAGUUCCGGAACGAAAAGUGGAUCGAUCCGUUCGGCUAGUACAAUCUCGUCUAGGGAAUGUGAUCGUAAUUCUGGAUUAGUUAGGAUGAUGUCAAGUAUGAGUAUGGGUGAUUUUAUUUCACCGACCGGUUCGAGCUUAAGUCCCUUGGAUAACUCAGCUCUUAGGGUCUCACAUGAGCAUACAGAUUCAGGUCUUGGAGCUGAUCAGGAUUAUGCCUACUCGUCCGAAAGAUCGAGUGAUAGUACCCGUUAUGGAACAAAUAAAUCCUCAGGUGCCUCAUCGGGAAGUCAUGGUCGACCGCGAGAAGGUUCGACAGCCUUCCCCAGCAUGAUGCAUCACCAAUCCGUGAGUAACAAUAGGAAAUCUUCAAUAUAUUCUUCUAAUCGUCAGCAACAACAACAACAACAACAAACAUCACAACACAACCAGCAACAAAGCUAUAAAUACACAUCCCCGGCUCCAAUACAUAAUUCAACUUCCUCCUCUACUAACAAUAAUAGUUCUUCUUCUUCAUUUCCAACUAACAAUAAUAACAAUUCGAAUUCGAGUUCGAAUUUGAAUUCGAAAAAGGUGACAGCUGUCAACAAUAAACCAAUAGCAACAUCUUCCUCUACAACGGCACCAUUGACAGCGCAACAAGUUGCCAAUAAUAAUCGCUUAUUAAAUUACACAACUUUCGAAAAUAACCACUACAAGUUCAGUUUGAAUAAUCCAAAUGCGGGUGAUGGUUAUUGCUUAGAUCCUUAUAAUCGUCCCAUGUCCUCGGCAUCGGGGGGCUAUUAUCCUGGUGGUGGUGUUAGAGUGUCACGUGGUACGGGUGCCAAGUCUGAUAUUGGUGUUCCCACGCGACGUCCAUCGAAGAAAUUGAUGGCGGGUAAUAAUCCGGGUGCUGGUUACCCGCAUAACGGUUUGCAUCGGGGUAAAUCUGAUCUUUUCCUAUCGUACGUACACAGCAGUGGUAGGAGUGAUUAUAAUUCGGGUUUGGGAAGUGGGAGAUUGAGUGAUGCAUGGCAUCAAGGAAGCCAUCAACAACAAUCGGUGUCGGCAUCAUCUUCGCAGCAACAAGCUGCGGCUUAUCAUAUUUCGGGUGUUCAAACGUCAGAUUUUGUAUCACCCGUUAUGUAUGAUCAAUUUAGUCCGGCCAAUCGGAGUCGCAGUAAUCGACAGGCAACAGCGAAUGAUGUUGUUUAUUAUCAAUUUGAUAAUAAGUUAAUGAGUCCGAAAGAUUCAGGGCCUUCGGUGGGACCACUUGUUUAUAUUGAGAAUUCCCAACAGAUGGCAGCGUAUCGAACAAAUGCAACUGCAAUGGAAAAUAAGACACAAAAUAGCCCCUGUAGUAAUGAGGGAUUGAUGGAAUUCACCCAAAAUCAAAAUCAAAAUCAGAUGUCCUCCCUUCAGCAUCAGCACAAUCAUAAUAAUAGCAACACCAAUACCAAUACCAACACCACCAACACCGCCCUCACUACUUCUAGUGUUGUUGAUCAUAAUAUUAACACACAAAAUAAAUCCUCCAGCUUAGAGAUAAUACUAACACCAAUUAUCCAAAGUAGCCGACGAGUGCAAUAGUUGGAGAGAUGAGUACAGAAUUGUAGAUAAACAUACACAGCAACGAUAGACGAUUCUAAUUUCAUCAUCAAGGAUAAUCUUUUGCAUUCAUCGGAGAAGGACUAUCAGAGCGAAAGCAAAGGAUUCCCGGAUGUUGAAACACAAAUUUUAAUUUACUUUAAAUUAAUAGAAAAAGAAAGAAAAAAAAACUUUGAUGGAGCGAAAAAAAAACUUAGUCUAAGUCGUGUCCCCCCCAAUUGAAUUCAUUCACUGAACUUUACUCAUGCAAGUCUAAAAUAAUAAUUUUAUUAUGAUGGGAAAACGACCAGUUGCAGUUUGGAUGUAAACAGAAGCGGAUACGGAAGUGGAAGUUAAAGCGGAAGUAGUAACAGAAAAAAAUAUUGCUGCCGUCCUUUUGAGUGUGUAAAAUUUCUGCAUCGGUAUUGUUUUUUUUUUUUUGGUUAAAGCUUAGUUUUAUAUAUUUGUAAAAAAAUUUCAAUAAUCUACUACAGCUACUACUAAUUAGCCCAGAGAGAAAAACAUGUGCUAGUGUUUGUUUGUACCUAUGUACCGUACCUAUUUUAUUUUCGCUCAAGUGGAUUGUGUAGUUUUUCGAGUGGAAAUAAUAACAAAAUGUAAGAAAAACAAAUUUAAAUUUGUACUGGAUCGAAUGGAUUCUGAAAAAUAUACUCGGUUAGAAGGUUUUUGUUUGGUUUUAAACGUCAAAUUAAAUUUGAUGUUAAUACAUUUCAUGUGGCUAAUUAAGAAAGCAAAGAAGAUAGAAUUCGAUAAAAUAAUUAAUGUUUAAUAAAACCUAAUAAUGACCUGACCUUAAGUUUAAAUUUUAUUUACAUUCUUAAAUGGCAUUUUGUCAUGAUUUCGCCAACCCGUUUAUCACUAACUAAGUAUUAAAACGCAUAUACAAAGAC